ACCAAAAAAAACAAGGGUAAAAACCUAAUUAGGGCACUUCAGUAACGACGGGUUCCUCUUCUUGCCUUUGUCGAGAAGCAACAGGUUAACCGUUGUCUCUCUGACUUAGGUUUUUUUUCUCUCUGUGUUGACAGCGAUAUAGGUUAAAAUCAUGGAAGAGUAUAUGUAAUAAUGGACAGAAUCAGUUCGCUUCCCAAUGAUCUCUUACUGCACAUACUCUCAUUGCUACCUACUAAAGAUGUCCUAACCACGAGUGUUUUGUCAAAACGGUGGCUAAAUCUAUGGAAGUUGGUGUCUAAACUCAAGUACAUCGAAAGGUACGACAAUGCUGAUCAUGUGAGAUUUCUCCGGUUUGUGGAAAGGUCUUUGGUUCUAAACACGGCUCUAGUCUUACAAAGCUUGCAUCUCAAGUUAGAUCAACAAUGCAGCGAUGAAGAAGUUGAAUUUUGGAUUAGAACUGCAGUCAAACGUGGUUUGGGUGAGCUCAGGUUUGAAUACAGUUAUAUGAUUGAUGAGCCUAGCAGAUUGCCUCAGAGCUUGUACACAUGUGGAACACUUGUGGUACUAAAAUUACAAAACGUGUCGCUUGUGAAUGUUCGGUUCCCUGUACGUUUCCAGUUGCUCAAAACGUUGCACCUUGAUAAGGUUAUUUACUUAGACAAUGAAACUCCGCAGAAGCUAUUAUCAUGCUGCCCUAUUCUUGAAGUAUUGGACUUGGAUCGAGCUGAUUAUGACAACGUGAAGAGUUUCUCACUUAGGGUGCCUUCAUUACAAAGGUUUGACUAUUAUGGAGGAGGAGAUGGUUCUGAGCUUGUGAUGAAUACGCCUUCUUUGAAGUAUUUCAAGACUUUAGGUUUUGCUUACAAGUGUACGAUUGAGUAUUUGCCUGAGAUCUUGGUAGCACAUGUCGUGGUUACAUGUGGCAACACUGAUGAUAUCCUCAGAUCUCUUGCAUCAGUCAAACGCCUCUUCUUAUGUCUACCCACAGAGCCUCAGUUUCCUUCUGGUAGUAUCUUCCACCAGCUUGAACAUUUGGAGUUUUGCACAUGUGAAACAGAGUGGGAUCUACUUAUGUCUUUUCUCCGACAUUCCCCGAAACUUCGUUCUCUCAAGCUAAACGAGACACAUGGCAAUGUGUGUGGAUAUCGUGCACUUCAUUGGGAUGAACCAAGCUCAGUCCCUGAGACGCUGAAGUUCGUUCUUGAGACUUUUGAGUGGAGAAACUACAGAGGAUGGGAAGUAGAGAGAGAACUCGCAAGUUUUGUGUUAAAACAUGCAAGGCGUCUAAAGGUUGCGACGUUUUCUCCCCCAGGCAGAACACAACUGUAUACCACGCUUAUUAGGAAGUAUCGUAUGAUCACGGAGUUGGUGUGUUUGCGGAGGGGCUCGGCUGAGUGUGAGCUUGUGUUUGGUUGAAUAAGGUUCUGUUUUGUGAGGAGGAAAGGUAGUAGAAUAAUCGACAAACAAACAUUCUCACUGGAUAAUAAUAUUUGAAAAGCCAAUUUUGUGCUAUGCAUUUCUUGAAACAUUGUUGCUUCUACAUGGGAAGAAAUUUGAUUUUCCAGGACAUAUAGUUAGAGUAGAAAUGAUUUAUUUGCCUUAGAACUUACUCGGACUUCAAAUACAUUGUAUAAUAUUCAAGUACAAGAGAAGAGAACUAAUUGGUUUCAUCAAACAACAUAAGAUGUAACCAUAUGCAACUGGUUCUCUUACAUUAUUGAACAUAAAAUAAACAAACUUUAAGGAUAAAACAUUAACUGACAAACAUAAGACUGGCAUGAACUCCAGUAGUU